CAUGUCUGAUCAGACAAGAUCGGAAAUCGUAAGCUCCAUUAUUUCACCGAUCGUAACCAUGGCCGCCGAUCAUGAUCAUCGCCACCACCAUCACCGCCCACACCGCUUAUCCCUGCCACCGCGCACCGCAGUUCCGACCACCACUCCCACUCCUUCAAGGCACCUCUAUCCUCCCUUAACACCCACCCCUACCCCCUCAAAAAUCUCUUCUUUUCCCCUCAAAUCUUCUCACAAAACUUCUUCAAUCUCCUUCCUUUUCCUCCUCCUCUUCUCCCUCCGCUCUCUCUACUCUCUCCUCCCUUUCCUCCGCUCCUCCCCCUCCUCUUUCUCUCUCUUCCCCUUCUCUUUCCUCGUCUCCCUCCUCUCUUUCCUCCUCACUCUCUCCUUCUCUCUCUUCACCUCCCUCUCUUCUUCUCCCUCUCGAGACCCUUUUCGCCAAAAGCAACGUUACCCCAUUUUCUCCCUCACCUUGAUGACCCAAUCCCAGCAAAGCCUUCUCUUAGCAAAAUCUUUCCUCCAAGCUGUGAUCUUUCUCCUCAGAUUCCAAGCCCUCAGGUAUUGCGGCGCUGCAGCGAUGAUUCUGGCCGAGAUUUCAGGAAACGUGGCCGCGCGGUUCUUUGCCGGUGGAAAAAACCGAAACUUUGGUAAUGCCCACAAAUUUGGAUCAUCUAAGAUUUCUGGGUUUGUAGCUUUGUUCCUUGGGUUACUGUUUUUAUCUGUUAGCUGGGACCGAAUUGAAUGUUUUCCUUUGUCUUCUGUGAAUAUUAGUAAGUUUGGGAUUAGUAAGAAUUGUGUUAGGGUUUGGCCUAUGUUGCUUCCAUUUCUGUCUGGGUUUUUGGGGUGCUAUGAAAGGGUUUCAAUGAACUCAGGGAGUAUAAGGGAAAUGGGGCAAAAACGGGUUCGAUUGGUUUCGUUGUUCUAUACAACGGUUUGGCUGUUCAUACCUACUGUUAUAAGUAUGUUUGUGUUUGAAGCAGAAGGGGAUAAUAUCUCUUUAUCGAAUCUCGGUUGGCCCUUAGUGAAUACAGUAGUGUUUGGUGUGCUUUUGAGUGAGAAUUUCACUGAUGAGAGGCCAAAUGCUGCAUCGAAGGAUUUUCAGAGAGAGUAUGUUGUGACUUACGUGUGUACUCUUAUCCUCGAGUUGUUUUAUUUCCCCGAGCUUUCGCUCUGGGGACUGUUGGUUUGUGGAUUCUUGCUUUGGAUAGCCGUGAGGAAUUUGGAUCCGGUUUAUUCUAAUUAUCUUGAAUUGGAAUUGGAAUCGUCUGAGUCUUUAAGUGUGGCUGUUAUGAAGCCCCUUCGCCACAUCUUGAGUGAAAGGAAGUCGCGGAAGAUUGCACUUUUUCUUUUGAUCAAUACGGCGUACAUGGUUGUGGAGUUUGUUGCCGGGUUUAUGAGUAAUAGCCUUGGGUUGAUAUCGGAUGCGUGUCACAUGCUAUUUGAUUGUGCCGCUCUAGCUAUUGGAUUAUAUGCAUCAUACAUAUCCCGAUUGCCAGCUAAUGUUCAAUUUAACUAUGGUCGAGGGAGAUUUGAGGUUCUCUCGGGAUAUGUAAAUGCUGUGUUCCUGGUACUCGUUGGAGCAUUGAUUGUUCUUGAAUCGUUCGAGAGGAUUUUAGACCCUCAGGAGAUUUCUACUAAUAGUCUGCUGGCUGUGUCCGUUGGAGGGCUUUUUGUUAACAUUGUGGGCUUGAUUUUCUUUCACGAGGAACAUCAUCAUGCCCAUGGCGGGGGUGGAUCCUGUUCACAUUCACAUUCACAUUCUCAUUCCCAUUCCCAUUCCCAAUCUGAGUCUCAUAGCCCCCACGUCAACGAUCACCAUCAUACACAUGAUCAUGGCCAUCCAGUUCACAAUCACCAGGAAGAAUAUGUUACUGUUGUCCAUGACUGCCACGAGAAAUCGUGUUCUAGUCAUGAUAAGCAAUGCCACGGUGAUCACGAGCAUCAUGAAUGUAGUAAAGGGCAGCACGAGCAUGACAACAAAGGGCACGGAAGUAAAUCUUCACAUUCUCACGACCAUGGCCACCCUCAUCACCACGAUGAUCACUCCCACCACGAAUGCCAUCACAAUGCUGACCAACAUGUCGCUGUUUCUCACCAGCAUAGUAACGAAAAAGUUAUAUUAAACAGCGGAGAAAAAGGGCAUCAUCACCACCACAUUGACCAUAACAUGGAAGGCAUCUUUUUGCACGUGCUAGCAGACACAAUGGGAAGUGUCGGGGUCGUCAUUUCAACCCUCUUAAUUAAAUACAAAGGGUGGCUUGUUGCAGAUCCCGCCUGCUCAAUUUUCAUAUCCGUAUUGAUAGUAUCCUCAGUUAUCCCGCUGCUCAGGAAUUCAGCCGAAAUUCUGCUGCAAAGAGUCCCUAGAGCUCACGAGCACGACUUGAAGGAAGCCAUAAUCAAUGUUAAGAAGAUGAAAGGCGUGUGUGACAUUCAGAGUCUGCACGCUUGGAGCUUCACAAAUACAGAUGUGGUAGGCACUCUCCACCUUCGCGUCUCGACAGAUACUGACAAGAUUGCUACAAAGAAUAAAGUAUCGGACAUAUUACAUGAUGCCGGUAUAAAGGACUUGACUAUUCAGGUUGAAUGUAUCAAAGAUAGUUAACAGAAUUGGGUGUGUUGAGCAAAUUCCCUUGUGAAGACAUUCUUAGCUCACCUGGAGAGCCCAUAACAGACAUAUGCAUGAGUUUUCAGGUAAGCAGUGUAUGACAGUGUGCCGAAGAGAUGAUUCUGAACUUUGUCGCUACAAGAGUCUGGAAUUCAACUGAUAAGGAAACCGUUUCCUUUUCAGGUAGAACUCCUCUUCCUCAGCACUAUCUAAUUCCGGUAACAAGUGUAUACUCAAAUGACUUCCAGGGCUAAAACAAGUUGAUCUUUGAGAAGCAGCUGAGAUAAUCUUAUAACCUUGACAGACCCAUUGAUGUAAAAAUUGAUUCUUGAAUUUCUUGUUCCAAAAGACAAACAAUACGUCAAUACCUAGUGUACAUUGUUGCUGUGUUUCUUAUCUGUCAUUCUCAACAAUCCCUGUGAGCCUCCUCCCAGGUUUCCACUUCCUGUCAGGCAGAUAAGAACAUUAAGGAUCAACACAGGAUCCUAUAUCUGUUUAACAUUAAGGAUCAAAAUCUGCUUUUUCUUUAUGUUUGGAUCA